CAACGGACGCCCUCGCGACGGGGACUUUCGACAACGACAACGACAACAACCACGCCACUGACCCGAUUUAUUCAAUCAGGUACUCCAAAAUGGGUGUCGUCAAGGGAGGCGUCUGGACCAACAUCGAGGAUGAAAUCCUCAAGGCCUCCGUUUCCAAGUAUGGCCUGAACCAGUGGGCGCGUGUUUCGUCGCUGCUCGCCCGCAAGACUCCGAAGCAAUGCAAGGCCAGAUGGAACGAGUGGUUGGAUCCGAGCAUCAAGAAGACGGAAUGGAGCAAAGAAGAAGACGAAAAGCUCCUCCACCUCGCCAAGCUCAUGCCCACCCAAUGGCGUACCAUCGCACCCGCUGUCGGCCGAACCGCCAACCAAUGUCUGGAACGAUACCAGAAGCUCCUCGACGAAGCAGAAGCUAGAGAGGCCGGCCAGUUUGGCCUAACAGGCAUAGACGGAGGCGAGGCAUCCGCGCCUAGCGCCGACGAUGUUAGAAGAUUGCGCCCCGGCGAAGUCGAUCCGGACCCCGAAAGCAAGCCGGCCCGACCCGAUACGAUCGACCUCGACGAAGAUGAAAAGGAGAUGCUGAGCGAAGCGAGAGCACGUCUCGCAAACACACAAGGAAAAAAAGCGAAGAGGAAGGCUAGAGAACGUCAGCAGGAGGAGUCGCGCCGCUUGGCCGCCCUCCAGAAGCGCCGUGAGCUCAAGACGGCCGGCAUCAACAUCAAGGUCGUCACACGCAAGAAGGGCCAGAUGGACUACAACGCCGACAUCCCUUUUGAGAGGAAAGCCGCCCCGGGCUUCUACGACACCGUCGAAGAGCAGGUCCGCAACGAGCACCAGCGCGAGGCGUUCGACCCGAGAAAACAGCAGAUUGCAAGCAAGCGCAAGGGCGAUGGCGACGACGACGGCGAGAGCAAGAGGAGGAAGAAGGAGAAGGAUGCGCCCUCAGCAUCGUUCCAAGCCGCCGUGAAGGCCGGUCAGAUGCAGAAGAUCCGAGAGGCCGAGCAGAGCAGCAAGAGGAGGGCGCUGAACCUGCCAGCUCCCCAGGUGAGCGAGGGCGAAUUGGAGGAAAUCGUCAAGAUGGGCAUGAUGGGCGAGAGGGCAAGCAUGAUGGCGCGCGAAAGCGACAACGAUGCAACCCGGGGACUAAUCAGCGAAUACUCGACCUUGAACAACAACGCGCCAAUUCGAACCCCACGAGCCCCUGCCCAAGAAGACCACAUCGCCAACGAGAUCCGGAACAUUAGAGCCUUGACAAACACCCAGUCCUCAUUGCUAGGUGGAGAGAACACGCCUCUGCACGAAGGAUCCGAGUCGACCGGGUUUGACGGUGUCGCCCCUCGCAAGCAAGUCGUCGCAACACCGAACCCCCUGGCGACUCCGAUGCAUGCCAAUGGUGUCGGCCAGACUCCUGCACGUGUUGGACAGACUCCGAUGAGGACACCUCGCGACAGCUUUGCCUUGAACGCCGAUGGGACCCAGGCCCUCGUCUCGGCGACACCCCAGGAUGUCAAACUGCGACAGAUGGCCCUGCGCAGCCAACUCAAGCAAGGCCUAGCGUCUCUGCCCAAGCCCAAAGACACCGAAUGGGAGCUUGAGCUUCCCGAAGACCAACGGGAGGUGGCCGCCAACGAGGACAUGCUCAUGGAAGAUGCCGGUGAAAGGGAUCGCCGGGAACGCGAGUUCAGGGCAGCGCAGGAAGCUCUGGAAGCGCGGAGGCGGACACAAGUCAUGCAGAGACAGUUGCCUCGGCCGGUCAAAGUCGACGUGUCCGCACUGUUAUCAAGUGCCGAAGCAAUCCAGGACACCGCCCAGUUGCUCAUCGCUAGAGAAGCUGCCGCGCUGGUCGCCAACGAUGCCGUCAAGUACCCUUUGCCCGGGUCUAAAGUCAGCGGGAUCGCCCCUCGUUUGGACACCAUCAGCGACGAUGACUUGGCCGAGGCACGCCUUCAGAUUCUGUCAGAGACAAAGCCGAAACCUCCUGCGGCCGAGAUCCAAGCUUCAUUCGAGAGCCGCAGCAAGAACUCAUUCUUACUUGGCUUGGGAUGUUACGGCGACGACGAAGAGGAAGAGGAGGCGGCCAUGAAAGAGGCCUUUGAGUCUAUUCAAGACUCGAUCGCGACUACCGCCGAGGAGGGUAUCAAGCUUGAGAAGAAGCUGGGCUUGCAUCUGGGUGGAUACCAGAAGCGACAGAAGAUGCUGAAGGACAAGAUCGGCGCGGCCGCCGAGGCACUGGAAAAGGCGGACAAUGCACUCAGCGGAUUCAAGACACUAGCUAUUUCGGAAGAAGUCGCGAUCCAGCGACGUCUGGCCGCGUUGAGAGACGAGGUCGGCUUCGUCAGCACAAGAGAACGCGAGGCACAAGAGCUGUAUCGCAAGACGAAGGACGAACUUGAUGCUCUGCGGGCUAACGGGGUCAAUGGGCAUUACUGAAAACAUGUGUAAUAUUACAGGAUGAUGAAGGGAAGAUUGUUAGUAGUAGUAGUACCACUACUACCAUAACCACUGCUACUACUACUACUACGACUGCCUGGACACGACAAAUUUGAAGCUGUAUGAUGUCGCUCCUUGGAACGCUCCGCUAGAUGCCAUGCAAGAUGCUACAAUGUACCACAAUAAAGAUCGACUUUUCGUU